GGCUGGGAGGGACUGUGGGUGAGGCUCACUUGGAUCCAAAAGACAUUGGAGCAACGACUGAUUAAAGAAACAAGGCAGAAAGUUCUGGAGCCACAACUCAAACAGGACGAAAACUCUUUCUGAACACAGCAGGAGGAAAAGUAAUAUUCAGCUACUAAAGGAGCAUCAAGGAUUCCUUUCAACACAGCAAGAUUGACUGAAGCCACAUGGAUUGAUCUCUUUCUUUCGUUUGGAGUGUUUUGUUGUACGCUGCAGGAGCACUACAGAAAGAAAUACUGGGCAACGUCUCAUCAUCACUGACAGGGCCUUUUAUUACUGCAAAAUUGUGAGUGCUAGGUUAUUGACAGAAGUGCUACAGUAAUGUCAGGCAGAGUGGUUCCUGCCCUUCUCUUAUCUCUGUGUCUGACUGUGGCUUCAGUCCAGAGCCAGGGUUCAUCCCAGGAUGCCUUUAUAAUCCAGUACCUGGAGAGGAGAUUGGCUCAGAUGGAGGAGCGUCUGAAUCAAUGUGAGCAAAACACAGUGACCUUCACCCAGAAGACCUAUGACCUCUCCUCUGAACUGAGGAGUUAUCUGUCCUCUCUCAGUGUUCUGAGAUCAGAGGUGAAGAGCCAGGUGGACAGCGUGUCUGUGCGUGUAGACCGUAUGGAAAGAGAGUUGGAGUAUCUUGAAAACAAAAUCCCCACCCAGACCGACAUCGAGAUGGAGGAGGCUCUGCUGGAGCAACAGAUUAAGGCUGCAGAACUGGACCAGAUAAAAAAGAAAGCCAAGAUCAAAGUGGAGAAUGAUUGCAACACAGCCCUGAGUCAAAUCAAGUCUCUCAAGAUUGUGAAGAAGGCAGGAGACACCUAUGGUUCCUGGUUCAAGGAUCCCUCAGACCGAUCAGCUAAGGUCUACCUGCUCAGUGGAAUUCGUAACAACACUCUGCUGGAGUAUGUUUCUCUGCAAAGCUUCACAGAGAGGACCAUCACCCCCCCAGCAAAAGUGGUGCAGCUGCCUGCUGAGUGGCAGGGGACAGGUCAUGUGGUCUUCAAUGGAUUCCUCUACUACCAUAAGGCAGAUACACCCAACCAGAUACUGAAGGUAGACCUGGUGAAUGGUACAGUGGUGGAUAGCACACUUCUGCCAGGAGCAGGUCGCCUCCCAGUCUACAGUCUGAACCCCAACACCUAUCUGGACCUCGCUGUGGAUGAACUCGGCCUCUGGGUCAUCCAUGCUGACCCUGAGUAUGGAGGAAACCUGGUUAUUACCAAACUGGAUAAAGGAACUUUGGCAGUAGACUAUACCUGGGAUACACAAUGUAAAAGUCGUGAUGCUGAAGGUGCGUUCCUUAUAUGUGGGACCCUCUACGUGGUCUACAACACACGCUAUGGAGGACGUUCCACCAUACAGUGUCUCUAUGACAUCCAUGAUUCUAUCCACAGCGAUGAGAGUCCUGUGAUGUUCUUCCCAAAGCGCUACACCAGCCACAGCAGCAUCCACUACCACCCCGGAGAGAAACAGCUGUACGCCUGGGACGACGGUUACCAGACGAUAUACAAAGUGGAAACACGCAGAAAUGACCAAGUCGUGGCAGAAUGAAGAUAAUUUGCAAUGUUCAUCCUUCAAAACACAUGUUAUCACUCAAAAAAAAUAUUCAGCAAUACACAUCACUUAUAAAAGCAUCAGUUUAGAAACGGUAUCAUCUGAUGAGUAGUUUAUAAUGUACUGUUUUUCAGUAUAGUGAUCCUUUGCUGGCAAUGGAUGCUACCUUUAUUGCUGUUAAUCAUUACAGACAUAAAGAUCAUGUCCACCCAAAGGCAUUUUAUGCGUAGACUUUAUACUUUGUAUCACCAUAAUAAAGGGCAUUCAAGUCUCAA